UCUCUCUCUCUCUCGCUCCUUCUUCUCCUUCGCCCUUCUCUUUCGCCGAAGAGAGAGAGGGGGCUUUGCGAAGGUCUCUCCUCCCUCCUCCUCUUGCCGUAGCCUCUGCCCUCCUCUUCGCCCUUGCUCGUCGGCUUCGAUCGGCCGGCCGACCGCGCGAUCACACCACCGCCCGCAGAGAGGAUCUCCGGCGAGGUAUGCAGUCGGAGCAGACGGUCCUGAGCUUGAGGCCUGGUGGUGGCGGCAACCGAGGCAGCAGACUCCUUGCCCCACGCUUCGACUUCGGCGGCUCUUCCCUCAGCUCCUCCUCCUCGGAUCUCCCCGUCCUCCGCCCCCAUGGCGGCGCCAGCACCGCCCUGCCUCUCAAGAUUGGAGAUUCACAGUUUGAGGGUCGCGAUCACAUUCGUUACACAAGAGACGAACUUCUACAACUUCAUCAGGUUGUUGAGAUCCCUGAAGAUAUUUUGAAAGUUAAACGGGAGAUUGAGGCUGAAAUAUAUAAUGAAGAUCAGACUUGGGGUCGCAGUGAUGUCAAUUUGCAAACUCAAUCACAGAGUCGCUAUUAUGAACCGGAAAAUCGUGAUUGGCGUGGACGUUCAGGGCAAUUGCCCUCAGUUGGAGAGGAGAGGUCGUGGGAUACGAUACGUGAUAAUAAAGAGGCACAUGCAUCCAAUUUGAGACCACAAGAAAUAAACCAAUUUAAUAAGCAAGACCAACUGGGUUCCCAAUUUUCUUCAAAAACUUCCACCCCAGGGGCGGGGCCUACACCUGCUCUGGUCAAGGCUGAAGUGCCAUGGUCUACUCGAAGAGGCAAUCUUACAGAUAAAGAACGGGUUCUAAAAACAGUAAAGGGUAUAUUGAACAAGCUGACUCCAGAGAAAUUUGAUGUUCUCAAGGACCAACUGAUUGAUGCUGGAAUCACAACACCCCAUAUUCUACAGGAUGUCAUUACACUCAUAUUCGAAAAAGCUGUUUUUGAGCCUACCUUCUGUCCCAUGUAUGCGCAAUUGUGUUCUGAUCUAAAUGAGAGGCUCCCUCCAUUGCCCCCUGAAGAACCGGAUGGGAAAGAAAUCACUUUCAAGCGUAUGCUCUUGAAUAAUUGUCAGGAGGCAUUUGAAGGUGCUGAUAAUCUGAGGGCUGAGAUUAGAAAGUUGACAGGCCCAGACCAAGAAAUGGAACGUAGGGAUAAAGAAAGAAUGGUGAAGCUCCGCACUCUUGGUAACAUCCGCCUUAUUGGCGAGCUUCUAAAGCAGAAGAUGGUGCCAGAGAAAAUAGUGCAUCACAUCGUCCAAGAGUUAUUGGGGCCUGAUAGCAAAGCUUGCCCUGCCGAGGAGAAUGUUGAGGCAAUCUGUCAGGUCUUCAACACCAUUGGCAAGCAGUUGGAUGAAAGCCCCAAAUCUCGUCGUUUUAAUGAUGCUUAUUUCAACCGGUUGAAGGAGCUAACAAUGAACCCCCAGCUUGAGCCACGAGUUAGGUUUAUGGUCCGUGAUGUGCUUGACCUCCGUACCAAUAACUGGGUCCCUCGACGUGAAGAGGUGAAGGCCAAGACCAUCACUGAAAUUCAUAGUGAGGCGGAAAAGAACCUUGGUUUGCGCCCUGGAACAACUGCAAACAUGAGAAAUGGUCGUAGUGUUGGUGCUUUGGGGACCCUCAGCCCUGGUGGUUCACCUAUAAGCCGACCUGGAACUGGAGGUAUGAUGCCUGGAAUGCCUGGAACAAGGAAGAUGCGUGGAAUGCCCGGGCUGGAUAGGGACAACUGGGAAGUUCCAAGGAGCAGAUCGAUGCCCAGGGGAGAAACUAACCGUGUCCAGAGUCCUUUAGUUGGCAAGCCAUUGCCCAUCAACUCUAAGCUAUUACCUCAAGGUAGCGGUGGCCUGAUGGCUUGUAAAACUAGUGCAUUGUUGCAGGGCAGUGGUCCCCCAGCUCGUCCUUCUGGCCUUGUUUCAGGUCGAGUAGAUUCUUCAUCUCAGAAUGUUCAGUCCCUGAAACCUCUUUCGCAAAUGCCACCAUCUGUGAUCCCAGACAAGCCAAUGGCUGCACCAAGGUUAAAUCCUAACGAGCUACAUAAGAAGACUGUUGGUCUUUUGGAGGAGUAUUUCCACAUCUGCAUGCUAGAUGAAGCACUUCAAUGCGUGAAGGAACUGAAGAGCCCUGAAUACCAUCCGGAAGUUGUCAAGGAAGCCAUCAAUCUAGCUUUGGACAAGGGCCAGUCUUGUGUGGAUCUUGUUGUCAAGCUUUUGGAGUAUUUGUUGGCUCAGAAAGUUCUCACACCAAGGGACCUGGGGACUGGCUGUUUGCUUUAUGGGGCAAUGCUGGAUGAUGUUGGUAUUGAUUUGCCAAAGGCACCAAAUUAUUUUGGUGAAGUGGUGGGUAAACUGAUUCUUGUUGGUGGUCUUGGUUUCAAGGUGGUGGAAGAUAUUCUGAAGAAAGUUGAAGAUUCCGGGUUCCGGUCAGCAAUGUUUGAUGCUGUGAUGAAAACCAUCAAAAGGGGUCCCGAUAGUCAGGCAGUAUUGGGAGGACUGGCAGCUGAUAUCAAGACCUGUGAAAGCCUGCUCGCUUAAAUUCAACCGUAUUGGCUGGUACUCCUAGUUGAUUCUCUCAACCAUCUGUAACUUUGAUAAAACAAAUAUUCCUUGGCUUGUUCUCUCUUCCGUUUCUCAUUCCUUCAUCUUUCCUCUGUUUUCCUUUUGAGGUAAGCAACUCAUAAUACAAUGACCCUAAGCGGUCUGCGAGGAAUGGUUACUUUUGAGUUGUAUAUUUCUGCGAGGUCACAUAAAUGUUUAUUAUAGCAAAAAAAAAUGCCAUGGAUUUUGGUCUCAUGCUCAUGGCUAAUUUUGCUUGAUGUUUGUUAAGAAAAAAAUCUUAGAUGAUACAUGCUUGUGUCUA